UGCCAUCACAUACAGAGAUCCAAGUCACUGCAGGGGACCAAUAUAUAAAGCUGUGUUUCCCUGGUUGUUACUGUUCCUUUUGUUAUCCUUACUGAACAUCUUUUGCUGGCCAGUGUCACCAUGUCUCAUUUAGAGGAGCUUGGAGGGCAUCAUGAGGAGGAAGAUGAAGAACCAGGAGAGGGAGAACGGCCGAAAUACAAACCAGUGGUCACACAACUCGCUGCACCAAAAAUCCCAGAGGGGGAGAGGGUUGACUUUGAUGACAUUCAUCGGAAAAGAAUGGAGAAAGAUCUUCUGGAGCUGCAGACUCUGAUUGAUGUCCACUUUGAGCAGAGAAAGAAAGAGGAGGAGGAGCUGAUUGCACUCAAAUAUAGAAUUGAGAACCGGCGAGCAGAGAGAGCUGAGCAGCAGCGAGUGAGGGCUGAAAAAGAGCGUGACAGACAGACACGCAUUGCUGAGGAGAGACAGAGGAAAGAGGAUGAAGAGGCGAAGAAGAGGGCAGACGAUGAGGCUAAGAAGAAAAAGGUGCUCUCCAACAUGGGAGCUCAUUUUGGAGGGUUUCUUGCAAAGGUAGAACAAAGACGGGGGAAAAAGCAAACUGGAAGAGAGAUCAAGAAGAAGACUCUGGCUGAGAGGCGUAAGCCACUGGCUAUUGAGAACCUGAGAGAGGACUGCCUGAGGGAGCGAGCCAAAGAAAUGUGGGAAUGGAUCUACCAGCUGGAGUCAGAAAAGUUUGACCUGACUGAAAAGAUGAAGAGGCAGAAAUAUGAGAUUAAUGUUCUAUUGAACCGAAUCCAACAUGCUCAGAAAUUCAAAAAGGGCCAUGGUAAAGGGAAGGUUGGAGGACGCUGGAAGUAACCCACCCCCCUCAAACACACAAACAAGUGACACAAGCAAACAAGAGGAUAGUUCACUGAUUUUAGAAAGAGAUUGCAGCAAUUUUGCAGCUUUUACUACAUGACAAGAGCGAAAUAUGAUAGAUUUCUGUGUGAUGUUUAUUAGAAUGUAUCCAUUUAAAUUAGGAUUUGUGGUUUUUUAAAUGCAUGCAUACAUAAAAUGAAGACUGUUUUGUUUAAACUGGACAUAAAAUAAAAUGAUCAAAUGAUAAAAUUAUAUAACCAUAUAUAAACAUGACUUUCCAGAG